AUGCAGUUCCGCUCUUUAUUUGCCUCUUUGGCUCUCCUAUCUGCCGUUGUCGCCUCUCCGGUAGCAGACUUGAACGUAAACGUUGCCCGCGCUGAUAAACAGGGCAGUUACAUCGUUCACGGUCUCGGAGACCGCAAGCAGGAGAUCCUGAAGGCUGGUGGCAACACGCGUGACAUUGCCAUUGCCAUGCUGGAGACCAACAAUAUGACCACCGAUUACAAAUUUGGUGAUGGAAAGUCCGGCGACGGUACCAACUACGGCGUAUUCAAACAGAACUGGUUCAUCUUGAGACAUUCUGCGUCUGAAUUCCAGGGCUUGUCCGUUGAUGAAGUCAAGAAGGGUAUUGUUCUCAACCACGAUCUCGCAAAAGACAUCAAGGCUCGUCAUGACGGCGAGAAGAAGUACGGCUAUGAAAAGUGGUUCAGUGGCCACCGCAAUGGAGAAACUGGUCUCAACCACCCGGGCACUGAUGACAUCAAGGCAUACAUGAGCGCCAUUAAAUGGAUCCAACAGCAGCUUGAGAGUGAUAAGAAGUUCCUGACCGACGAUACUCGAUUCUUCGUGCAGGUCGUGGCUAUCUAG